AUGAAUUCUACCGCUUUCAAUCAAACGGACAGUACAGGACUUUUCAAUAAGACUGAGGAGAUUUUUUGCUGUAACUUUUCAUCAGUGGUGACUGAUAAUGGCUUCGUGGCGGCGACUCCGGAUGAGAGAAGUCUCUUUCUCAUGAGAGUUGUCCAGAUAGCAGUUAUGUGCGUGUUAUCGCUCACGGUGGUUUUCGGUAUAUUCUUUUUGGGCUGCAACCUUCUCAUCAAGUCAGAGGGAAUGAUCAACUUUUUGGUGACGGACAGAAGACCAUCCAAAGAGGUAGAAGCAGUCAUUGUUGGUGCAUAUUAGUAGCCUAAAGAGCGCUUUGGGAGACUUUGUCAAAAUGACUUGUCCUACCACUGAUGCCCAGAUGAUGAAUCCACUUUUCACCAACAGCAGAGACAGAGACAGAGAUACAUGAAUGGUCAAGUAUCUACAUAAGAACUAGUUUCUAUUGUUCUGUUCUCGACAGUUGGCAAAAAUGUAGGACACAACAGGCCUGUACUUAGACCCUUUAGACACACAUCUCCAGGAAUUAGCCGAAAUUAGCUCUCAGUUUUUGACAAACACUUGUGUAAUUUAAUAUCUAGACGCUCUCUAAUUGUUAUAGCCUUUUUGUCAAAGUGACAAUCGUUUUAAACUUCAAAUACUGUCUCAUAUUGCUAAAGCAAUGGGGAAAAAUGCAUAUCGUAUGUGUUUUUGCACACAUGCAAGACAGUAUAAUGAUUUAAUCAAUGUGCCUUACGCGUUUCCUAUUGAACAUUUGUAAAUAAUGAGUGGUUAAAUGCAUGAAAGGUGGAGAUGUAAUACUAAAUCAACAACACUAUCUUUGUUUAUUGGAAUAAAUGAAUCCCCUAAUUAUGUUCACGUUUUCCUUUUGAUUGAUUCAGCAUUUUCAUCAAUCUGUUCUCAGUGUUAAUUUGAGACAAUCAGGGCUACAGUAGGCCUAGUUGGUAGAGCAUGGCGCUUGUAACGCCAGGGUAGUGGGUCCGGUUCCCGGGACCAUCCAUUCGUAAAAUGAAUGCAUGGCUGUAAGUCGCUUUGGAUAAAAGCAUCUGCUAAAUGGCAUAUAUUAUUAUAUUCUAUUGAGAUCAUUCUUAUUACAAAGCCUUUCAAAUUAUAACAUUUCUUCAGCACCAAUACAUAUAUAUUAUUAUUUUUAUUAUUUUAAUAUUGCAAAAUAUAUAUUUGUUGUAUAUUCUAGUCAAAGUGUGCAAAUGUCAUUCAUUUGACAGGGCACAUUGAAAGAGAAUGGAGAUGUGUCUUGUAGCCCAAUGGUGAAACACUGAAACCAAUGUGAUGAUAAGGGUUGUUUUUUCCACAAUUGAUGUGUGACGGCCUGGUCCCAUUGAUCAUUCUGAGGUUUAAUGGAAACCUGCCUGACUGUGUUUGUUCCAUAUCAGAUGCUCAGGAAAUACAUACACUCUAAAUGCUGGGUUAAAAACAACCCAACUAUUCAUAGGGUGUAGGAUAUGCAGUAUGACCAAAAUUAGAAUUUAGACCACCAUUUGUCUGGGGACCUUAAACAUGAUCAGCUGACAAAUGUAUGGUGUUAAUCCGCUAGGAUUUAUCUUGCUUUGAUCAAUUCAUUCUCUCUGAAGUGAAGGACGGAUGUUUUUUUAUUACAGUCUUACUGUCUUAGACUUAGGCUAUAUGCACAUUAUUUACAUUCAUUAUAUAAACAUACAUUUUUUGUGUGGUUUAGAUGGUUUAAAAUACAUGUCAUUUUAUGCACACUAUUAUUUAUUGCACUGCAGUGACUGACAUUUUCUGUCUGCAUUAUGAAGUUGUUCCUGUAUAGACCAUUGUGCGGCUUCUCUCCCCUCAGUGAAAGCAUCUGUUGUUCUGCUCCUGGCUCACCUCAUCUGGGCAUCAGCACCACCCCCAGCUCCCCAGGGGGAACCAAACAGCACCUCCACAAAAUGA